AUGUAUGUAAAAAGAGUGCACUGGCAGACUAUGUUUCAGGAAACUUCCACCUUGAACAACUUUGUUGCAUCACGUUGUGGCGUUGUUGGAAGGACUAAUGGAAAAGGAGAACUCUUCAACCGUGUUGCCAUUAGCAACAACAACAUAAACAACAACAUCAUAAACAACAACAUCGUAAACAACAACAACAACAUAAACAACAACUGCAUAAACAACAACUGCAUAAACAACAACAUAAACAACAUAAACAACAACAACAACAUAAAUAACAACCGCAACAUAAACAACAACAACAUAAACAACAACAACAACAAAAUAAACAACAACAGCAACAUCAUAAACAACAGCAACAUUAUAAACAACAACAACAAUAACAUAAACAACAACAACAUAAACAACAACAUAAACAACAACAUAAACAACAACAGCCACAUAAACAAAACAAGCAUUAUCAUAGCCGGCACAAAGAACACAAAUUCAAGUAGAAACAAACCUAAUGUAAACAUAAUCAACAACAAUAAUAAUAAUAAUAUAAACAACAACAACAAAACCAAUAAAAUCAACGUAACCAAAAACACUGAAAAGGGACAAAUAUUGACAGGAAAUGCUGUGGAUAGCAUUAAAAUUAAGUCACACCAACAGCCAUUGCAUUUUUCCUUACAAACACCGGAACCGGAAAUAGUAGUCACAUGCGGAAAAUCACGUGAUUUCCGUUCUGUUUAUUUAGCUGGCGGGUAUAUUGAGAAGCAAGUCAUCAAGUUGUGUCUUCAAAGUCAGUCGGUAGCACCAUCAUCAUCAGCACCACCAUCUCAUUCCAUCAUUAUUAAGAUUGAUAAUGAAGAGGAUGAAGAUGAAAAUGAAGAUGAUAAUGAAGAUGUUGAUGAUGCUGAAGAAAAAGAUUUGGACGGAAACUACAAUGAUGAUGGUGAAAUUGAGAACAACAAUGAUGAUAUUUCUAAUUGUUCAUUAAACAAAAACGCUAUUAAAUUCGUAGAGGAAUUUAACACAACAAACAUCACAAACACCAACACAAACAUCAACAGAUACAACAACACAGGCAGCCACACAUGCAGCAACACAUACAACCACACAUACAACUACACAUACAACAGCACAAACAACCACGCAUACAACAACACAAACAACCACAACAUCAACUCCAACAACAAAAAUACCUGCAACCACGCUAAUGUUAUUAAACCAUGUAUCAACCAUCGCGAAUUGAAUGAUACAGAAAUCAACAACAACAACAACAACAACUUCAUCAAUAUCAACAACAUCAACAACAACAAUAUUUUAAAUAUGGAAAUCAAAGUUUCAUUUGACGAAACCAGCAAAAACAGUGUUGAUGACAUCACUAAUCCAUACGAUGGUCACAUCUGGGAAGACAACAAUCACAAUAACAACUAUAAUAAUAAUAAUAAUAAUAAUAGUAAUAGUAAUAAUAAUAAUAAUAAUAAUAUGAAUAUGAAUAUGAAUAUAAAUAACGAUUUUUAUAAGGAAUGCGAAAUAAUUCCAAAAAACAACAAAUUAUUCUCGAAUAUUUGUUGCUUUAAUGCCUCUAAUGCUCUAAGUAUUUGUGUGGAGAACGUGUUUAAGCCUGGCGGUCUUUCUGAAGAGAAGUAA